AUGCCUCAAGACACUACUCAAUCCCUCCAACGGGACAUAGACGAGUACGAUUUGUCCGACGAUGACGCCCUAUUCAAAGCCCUGGAAGAAGAAGACGACUCCGGCUACCGCGCCCACCGCAUUGAACAACUGAACGCCGAAUUUGCGACUGCGCAAAAACCCCAUAACCAGAGAACAACGCUCGUCGAAGACUCGCUCUACCCAACCUUAAAAAGUGACCAAGCCCUCCUAGACUAUACGACCCAGACGCAACGAUGCGUUAUCCACUUUGCUCACCCAGACUUUGCCCGCUGCACUACCAUGGAUGAACAUAUUCGGGCGCUUGCAGCACGUCACCAGGAUGUGCGGUUCGCGAGGGUCGAUGUCCGCGAAACUCCCUUUGUCGUUGAGAAGCUGAAGAUUAGAGUCCUCCCCUGUGUGAUUGGGUUCUUGGAUGGGGUGGCUGCGGAGAGAGUCCUUGGGUUUGAAGGCCUGGGACCUGGGGGUAGCGCCGGACUUGAAGGGUUCAAUACGGCGAGUCUGGAGAAGAGACUUCUGGCGCCGGGUAUCUUGUCCCAGGCAAGGUUUAACGCCGAUGACGUGGAGGGGUCUGAUAAAGAUAAUGACGAGGAGGAGGAUGGCGAUGAUAGGAAAGGACGACGGAGCAUUCGGACUGGGACCACGCGAGCCUUCAAGGAGGACGAUGACGACGAUUGGGAUUGA